GAGCAGUAGUAGCAGCGAGGAGCGAACCACAUGCUUUCCCGGUGCCGGUUGGGUGCCCCUUUAGCGGCGGCGAUGUUUGCGGAAAGACUGGAGGAGGAAGACUAGACUGUCUGGCAGACAGGUGCACCUCCUCUUCCUCCUCCUCUCCAGUAGCACAGCGAGUGUUCGUUCUGUCAGGUGCAGGCAUAGCAGCCAUGGAGAAGCCGCGAUUCAAGCCCAUGAAAGCCAAAACGACCAAGCGGAAAGAGAAGCCGCACCGGAGCGGCACGUUCACCCGGAGGAAGUCUCUUCGUUCUCUCGCUCAUUUCAUGGGCAGGAUUCUGAAAACUUUGAGCACUUUGGCGCACUUCGGCGAGGGGCGGCCGCCGGAGCCCGGGGAGGAGGAGGAGGACGACGACGGCGGCUUCGGGCGAAGCGACGCCGGCGGCUUUCAAGACGAAGCCCCGGCGGGUGUUCCCAGGGACGGCGCCGCGAAGAAGAGCUCCGCGCUGUCCCCUCACGGCUCGGUCAAGGAGCGGCUGUCGUGGUGCUACGGCGACAAGACGCCCGGGGCUCUGGGGCUCAAGAACCACGGCAACACCUGCUUCAUGAACGCCGUGGUGCAGUGCCUCAGCAACACCGACCUGCUGGCCGAGUACCUCGGGCUGGAGCGCUACAAGCCGGACGUGUUGGCCCGCAGGGUGAGCGGCGAGGCCGCCAGGGCCGAGGUGACCGAGCAGCUGGCGUCGCUGGUUCGAGCCCUGUGGACGCUGGAGUACACGCCGCAGCUCUCCGUCGACUUCAAGAGCAUUGUGGCCAAAUAUGGCUCUCAGUUUCGGGGCAACUCGCAGCAUGAUGCCCUGGAGUUCCUCCUCUGGCUUCUGGACAGAGUUCACGAAGAUGCCAAAAACCCAAACAACAACAACUGUAGCAGCAGCAGUAGCAACAACACCAAAGCCAAUGUCAAGGGACCCAGCUCACUCGAGGACCUGAACAACACGCAACAGCCCAGAGGCCGCAACAGUUUUGUCCAGGAGCACUUCCAGGCCCAGUACAGGUCAUCUCUGACUUGCCCUCAUUGUCUUAAGCAGAGCAACACCUUCGACCCCUUUUUAUGUAUUUCCCUGCCCAUCCCUCUGCGACAAACCAGGCCAAUGUGUGUGACGCUGGUGUUCAGUACCAAGAGUCAGCGAUAUCUACGAGUCGGGCUCGCCGUGCCUCUCUUUGGUUCACUAUCAAGCUUGAGAGUCAUGGUGGCAGAGGAGGGAGGCAUCUCUCCAGACCAGGUCAUCCUGGCCGAGUUGUACUCCACCGGAUUCCAGCGUUCCUUCUCAGACGAAGAUGACCUGACAGCCAUCGCUGAUAGCGACGUCAUCUACGCCUUCCAAGCUCCGCCUCUGCACGGUCGUGGAGGCUCUGCGCAACACUCAGGGUAUCACCACAGCCUCCCCAGUUCCCCCUACAGCUCCUCGGCUGCGAGGUUACCAUCGUCCGGCACACUUUCCACUGAGUACCUGAAUCAAGGCGGUUCGUCCAAAGUUCUGCUCCUCCUCUGCAACACGUCCGGAUGCGGUCAGCAGGCCGUCAGGUUCGGACCGCCAUUUCUCAUGCUGGAAGACAGGAGCAUCUCUUGGGAGCAGCUGCAGCAGAGCAUCCUCACCAAGCUCUAUUAUCUGAUGCUGAACAGAUCUCAGGCUCAGAACACCAGGGUGCUGUUUAAGAUCAGAGUGGUGGGAGGCUCGGCAUCUUAUAGCUACCUGUCACCUCAAGACAGCAGACCGCUGCAGCACCCUGCCGUUGACAGAGCACUGAAAUUUUGUGGCCCCGGAGGUCCUCCACAUGUGAAGGUUGUCAUCGAGUGGGAGCGCAAGCUUAAAGACUGUCUGUUUGGCAGCAUGCAGGAGGAAGUUGUUCAAGAUGCCGAAAGCGUUAGGAACCAGCAGCAGCAGCAUCUUCAGCAACAUAGCUGCACUCUGGACCAGUGUUUCCAGCUUUAUACCAAAGAAGAGCAGCUGGCUCCGGAUGACGCCUGGAAGUGCCCUCACUGCAAGCAACUGCAGCAGGGCAUGGUGAAGAUGAGCUUGUGGACGCUGCCCGACAUACUCAUCCUUCACCUCAAGCGCUUUCGACAGGUAGGCGAGCGCAGGAACAAGCUUUCAACACUGGUGAAUUUCCCACUGACUGCCUUGGACAUGGCCCCCCAUGUUGUUAAGAGGAGCCAAAGUACGCGUAACCUGAAUAGCGGGCCGUGGCCCACAUCCUGGCCCAAGUCCUCGGGCCAACACCACCCACCUACAGACAUGACCCUCCCUCACGACUACCUGUAUGACCUCUACGCCGUGUGCAAUCAUCAUGGAGGAAUGCACGGGGGACACUACACUGCCUAUUGCCGGAACUCUGUGGACGGUGUGUGGUACAGCUACGAUGACAGCAGUGUCGACCUGGUCCCGGAGCAGGAAAUCUGCACCAGAGGAGUUUAUAUUCUCUUCUACCAAAGACGAAACAUCAUUCCUCCAUGGUCGGCCAGCAGCUCCAUCAGAGGCUCGACAAGUUCUUCAGUGUCAGACCACUGGUUAAUCCGCCUGACAGGAGAGAGCAAGAGAGGCAGCCUGGUGUCACGCUCGUCCACCAACUGCCCGUCUUCCGUUCCCGACUCCCCUGACUCUCCCGUCUUCCUGGAGAACACUCCUAAAGAGGAAGGAGGGGGCUUUGAGAGCAGAACUUUGGUGAGGAGUGUGAGCAUGAGGGCACCCAACAAGAACAAGGACACCUUAAACAAGGUGCUACCCCUGCGGUGGUCGCUUGGUUCCAGAGACCGACGAAAACCUGACACGUCACCUCCAGACGUUCGAGACCCUGCGCCAGUAGAGCUGGUCCAGUAUUUGGAGUCCGGUCGACGGCCUCGCUGCACCAAGGAUCCGAUAGAGUCGUUAAUGAACGAACCUCGAAGCAUCAAGGAAGCGAACGGUGGCCGAGCGGUCAGAUCCUCUAGUGUGGGAAGGAUCAGUUGUGUGGGUAAAGCAGGAGAUGAAUCCAAACAAGUGCCAGAGGGCCAGAGGAGGCCAUCAGAUCAAACAUCCAGCUUACGCCGCCGAAAAGAGAACCCGCCAAGAGAGGAAGGCAGUAGUAACACUCUUACAAUGAGAAAAGACUCCAAGAGGCAGAGCUCCUCCAAAGCUCAGAUGAAGCAAGCAUCCAGUUCUGGUGUUCAAAGUAGCUCGAGCACCUCCAGCAUUCUCGGCGGCACUCUCAGAAGACAGAAAGACGACCGAACGGACGGGGAACGCCGCGGUGCAAACGAAGGCGGUGCGAAGCCCAAGAGCCACGAGGGACUCCUGUCUUUCCUUAAAGGUAACUUCCUGAGAAGGGACAAGGACUCCAGGAAGUCCGAGGACGGCGGCAGAAGGUCCGGGCUGUGGUUGGCCAACGGAGCGGCCGGAGGCGAGCGGAGAAAGUCUCACGGCGAAGAACUCUCAAACGGGAAAGCGGGGCGGAGCUCGUCCGACAUCAAGCGCUCGCAGAGCUCGUCCAGCCUCCCCGCCAGGACGGAGCAGAGCGCCCGCAGGACGGCGUCGCUGCAGCGCAACGGCACGUCGGCGCCCUCGACACAGAUCCGCAGCCCCACCGACCCGAAGACGUCUUACGGGAGCCUGCCGAGGCCUUCCUACAGCACCACUUCUCUGGGACGCAAAAAGAACGUUCCAGAGUCCAGCUUCUGACGAGGACGCCUCGAAGGACCUUGAAGGUCUGUAAAGUCAAAGCAAUAGAGCACAAUUAUCGACUCAAAUUAACUGGAAUGGACCACGCAAAGCUUCUACUCUUUGAUACAAAGCGCAGAAUGACAUAAUGUAGACUACUCGAAAAGUGCCUGAGCAACUUCUAUGCAGUUGAGACAAUGUGUUGUGUUGAUAUGUAUUUUGAGCACUGGAAGCACACCGCACUGAUAGCAGAUCCACCGACCCAACACAUAUGUGUCUUAUUAUUAUUUGAGUCCACUUCAUCCAAAUUCUAUUAGUGUAGUUUGCUCGCAAUCACGGCACACUGAUUGUGUUUAAUGAAGAGAAUGUACAAUGACUUUAAUGCUGCUAAUUGACCACGGCUAUUUAACUUCAACUCCUUGUUGGUUCGACAAACGCUUUCGUUCUCAAGUAGUGACGACGUUGCAUUGCAUUCCCAAACAAACGAUGGCGGGCAUGUGUGCUUUAUUUUAAGAAUUGUCACUGUGUGUUACCGUCUUCAGGCGCAGCAUAUUCUUUCUUACGCCCGAAUUCUCAUACUUUUUGUCCACUUCUAAACACUUACACGUCAUGCCUUUUUAUUAAUUACACCACACUUUAUACAGUGGAACCUCCAUAGUAAACUUUUGGGGGAUCCGAAAAACAUUUCUCCCAUAUGGAAUAAUGGGAGUAAAGGUUAAACGGGGCCAAUCGUGAACUGUCCAAGCAAUAUUUUAAGACAUGCAUUUUUUUCCCCCACAGCGAUAACCCAUAAAGACAAUGAAAGCGUUUCUUACACUACACUGUGUGUAUAUGGACACAUCACCUAACACAAACACAUUUUCAGAAAGAAACAGAUACAGACUUGGUUGCUUAAAUUCACGGGCAUUAAAAUGUCAGUUUUCCUCAGUAUGGCAAGGUACCAAAAAAAAAAAAAAGACAAGUACCCCACUAAUGUAAACUGUAAAAACAAUUUUGCGUGACCUUUCACGUGUAGCGGCUAGACCAUGCAGCUAAUGUUAGCCAAGUAAUCUCACUUCAGUUUUUCACUGAAUCCUUCUUCAUGCUGCUGCUGAACAUCUUUUAAGUGAAUGAUUUGUCCCAUUAGAAGAUGACUCAUUGCUCAAAAUGGCGAGGAUAUUUUCACUGGGAUAAAACCAUUCGCUCGUCAAACGCUUGUCUACAUGAAAAGCCCACAGAAGCAACUAAUGGCUGUGGAGGCUGAAUGACAGAUUGCUAAACUUCCCCUUCAUUGAACUGCUGAUUGGACAGCUGUCUCCGCUGUGCAUGUGUGCCUCAAAUGUCAAAGCUUGACAAAUAUGCCCCAUUUUAGCUCACUCACCUUCAAGCUAACGAGCGGCCUGGCCAUGUUUUUCCAUCCCUGAAUCAUCCAACUACAUUUAUCAACCGCUACCAUCAUUGACGUCACUUCGCCAGAGGGAAUUAUUUGUUAAAUGUGUUAGGUACUGCACGGUAACUAGUGGUUGGCCCGUCUGCCUCAGAGUUCUGAUGUUUUGGGAUUGAAUGCGGGCCCCGGCCUUCAUUCUGGGAAGUUUCUCCGGGUACUUCGCCUUCCUCCCAAUUUCCAAAAACAUUCACAUUUGGUACAUUGACAACACUAAAUUGUCCACUGGUGUGAAUGUGGUUGUGAAUGCUUGUUUGUCUAUAUAUGCAAUGGGCUGGCAACCAGUCCAGGGUGUACACCGCCGCCCGUGUCUUGCCCCAAAGUCAACUGGGAUAGGCUCCUGCUUACAUGUGACCUGAAUGAGAAGAAUAUAGAUAUUAGAUAUAUACAGUGGUGCCUUGAGCUAGACUUUUGUCUUAUUCAGCGAUACAGUGAUCCCUCGUUUUUCGCGGUUAAUGGGGACCAGAACCCCCCGUGACUUUGUUCUCCCAUUACUGUACUGUCCUUUACUUUUUAAUGACACCAAGUGACUAGAGGGACAAAAACUGUCAUUCAGACUCCCAGCACAGCCUUUUUUGUUUUUGUUUCCCCUCCCCCUGUGUCAACAUCCGCUGAAGCACUACAAUCGCUCUAAUAAAAUUUUUCCAAAUGCCUCCAGAGAUGUGCAACCAAUGGGACUCCGACUCCAGGUGUUUGACAGUAGACAGAUAAUAUAGCAAUACUUAAAAGCAUAUAUUCUUUAUCCUCUCCGAAAACAACAAAUACAACUGCAACUUACUGAGGACCGUCUCCAUGUACAGUCUAUCCAUUUGUCUUGUUAUACUGCCCCCAGGUGGCCAAGGCAUGCACACUGGGUGUACCCCCCUCUCCCCCAAAGUCAGCUGGGUUAGGCUAAUGCGGACCUGCGACCCAAAUAAGGACAAGCGCUAUAAACAAGAUAUAGACUCUAACCAGUCGUCCACUGUGGCUCUAACGCUCUAACCGUUAGCACGUCUGCCUCACAGUUCUGAGGACCGGGGUUCAAAUCCCGGCCCCACCUGUGUGGAGUUUGCAUGUUCUCCCCGUGCCUGCGUGGGUUUUCUCCGGGCACUCCAGUUUCCUUCCACAUCCCAAAAACAUGCGUGGUAGGUUGAUUGAAGACUCUAAAUUGCCCGUAGGUGUGAAUGUGAGUGCGAAUGGUGCUUCGUUUCUAUGUGCCCUGCGAUUGGCUGGCGACCAGUUCAGGGUGUACCCCGCCUCCUGCCCAAUGAUAGCUGGGGAUAGGCUCCGGCACACCCGCGACCCUUGUGAGGAUAAGCGGCUCGGAAAAUGGAUUAUUCAUUGCCAAUUCCUAUUCAUUCUCGAUAAUUCCCAUGAAAGUUUACUUUUACACUAUGAAAUUUGGCAGAAUUUUGCAACUCUAUUAAUGGUCUUCAUUAAAGUAAGUGAAAUGGCCCCAGCAAAGUUCCCCACGUCCCCCAGUUAAGGAUUGUACGCUUCACGUUGUUUACAAGCUGGGCACUUCUUUUGUAACACAAGCAUUUAAUAUGCAAGAUUUGUAUUUUAUUUUAUUUUUCUCAUCAUUCAGAUUUGCUGUACAUCAUGUGUGCGGGGGAGAUGUAAUUAAAUGUGGAUGUGUAAUUUAAAGUGUGAAGCUCUCUAGCCUGUACAGAUCUUAGAUUUGUCAUUGACUGUGUGAGGAUCACAUUGAGUUGUACUGUAUAACUUUAUUUUUCCACUAAUAUGAAUAAAAAUAUAUGUAUAUUA